AUGGCUGUGGACGCCAACAGAUACGCGAAAGAAGAAGUGACGAUAAAAGAGAAGAAAUCUUCCAGAAUCCAGAAACUAAGGAAGCAUCUCAGCUGUGGAUUUGGUCGACUUUCUAUAUCCAAAGAAGAAAUGAUUCCUGAAUUCGGCCAGGAUAAUGAGAACCUGGAGACGAUUAUUAUGAAUGGAGUGACCACGAGCCAUUCCGACGUUCUUCACCACGUGGAACCUGUCGACAACAUUCGGUCUCUUCUGGAACCAAACGGAAACGUGCUGCCACCUUCUGCAUCCUUUAUCCGACCCCUACCACGAACCAGCUCCAGCCAUAGUCACCUAGACAAAUACCUCAAAAAGUUCGGAAAGUCUGUGGGUGGCCUCAGGUCUCCGGUCAAGCGACAGUGGUCGGCUGGAGAAUCGAACCUGAGCCGGGAAUUAUCCCGGACAAGUGACUUGGACAUCCGCCCACGACUUCCACCCAGACCCAAAUCCGAGUUCUUCAAUGUCGGAGGCGAGACGAACAAGUACACAAAGAGUUCGACAUAUGAGCCUUCCCUUGGUUUCGGCCGAUCCGAGUCGUAUAUAAAGUUGGAACAGCUUGGUGAAGGAUCCUACGCCACAGUGUACAAAGGAUUCAGCGAGUUGAAUAAUAAAGUGGUAGCUCUGAAGGAAAUCCGACUUCAGCCAGAAGAGGGCGCUCCCUUCACUGCCAUCCGAGAAGCUUCCCUGCUGCGUGGCCUGAAACACGCGAAUAUCGUCACCCUUCAUGACAUCAUCCACACAAGAGAAACACUCACAUUCGUCUUUGAAUAUGUUCAUACAGAUCUCAGUCAAUAUCUGGAAAGACACCCAGGAGGCCUUCAUCCCAAAAAUAUUAAACUUUUCUUAUUCCAAUUACUAAGGGGUCUUGCCUUCUGUCAUCAAAGAAGAGUUCUCCACAGGGACUUGAAACCACAGAACCUACUGAUUAGUGAAACAGGAGAACUUAAACUCGCAGAUUUUGGUCUGGCGAGGGCCAAAUCCGUCCCCAGUCAUACGUUCUCACACGAAGUGGUGACGUUAUGGUACAGACCUCCUGACGUGCUGCUGGGAUCCACCAAUUACUCCACGUCACUCGACAUGUGGGGUGUUGGUUGUAUCUUUGUCGAGAUGGUAAUCGGAAAAGCAGCUUUCCAAGGCAUGAAAGACACGAUGGACCAGCUGGAUAAAAUAUGGAGAGUACUGGGAACGCCUACAGAAGAGACGUGGGACGGUGUCACAGAAUUUCCUAACUACAAACCUCAAAAAUUCGGUCAUCACAAGCCACAGGUUUUGUCCGCAGCUUUUCCAAGGCUAACAGAAAUAACUCUAGGAGAAAAAUUAGCUCAAAGUUUUCUACAGUUACAACCCCGGUUAAGGAUAUCAGCGAGCGAGGCUAUUCGACACGCUUACUUCAAGGAACUACCGCCCAAAAUUUAUGACCUGCCAGAACAAGUAUCUAUUUAUACAGUAUCCGGAUGCAAAUUACAUCCCGAAAUCAAUAAUAUUCAGACUGUGAUUAAAAUCAAGCAAUGA